UCAAACAGGACGAUUACGGCGGAAAGUCUCGAGGAUGCUGGCUCUCUAGCGGUCUAGGGAAAUCGGAAAAUCGGAAAAUCGAAAGACGGACCCCAACGAACUACAGAUCGGGCCCAAAAACCGAAAUCGAGUCGAGUGUUAAAAGAAACCGCUGGGCAAAAAAAAAAAUAAAAUAAAAAAGGAGGAAAAGAUAAAGCUAAGCAAAAAGAAAACCGAGCGCGCAUUAAGUGAUAAUAAAGUAGCGGCAAUCAUUUUAAAAAUUGUGUGCCAGCUUAUGCAAAUGUAAAAGUCGCUUAAGAGCCAAUUCCCAAAUAUUUCUCAAGUUUCGCCCCAAAGAAAAAAAAUCGAAGAAAAAGCUAAGCAAGAAAAGCCGCAAUUUAAGUGUGCUGUGUGUGACCAAACAACUUACAAAGCCACCAACAAAACCAAAAAAAAAAAAAAAAAGUAAAGGACCAAGGAAAAAUAAAUCUGAAGGAGUGGAAGGAAUUGUAAGCCGCAAAUGAACAGCGACAAAUGCUCGGCCCUCUUUUUUGCAGCACAAAUUAUGCAAAUGCUGCGCUAAGUGCGGCAAAAUGCUCGCAAUGCCAGCGACGACAAGCUACAACUACAACUACAACUGCAGAAAAUAAGCGGAAAAGCAGAAUUAGCAGCAGCAACAACAACAAGAGGAGUCCUGUUCCGCAGGAAUAGCAAGGAUAUAGCAAUAUAACAACAAGGCAGCACCGCCAGCAUCAGCAGCAGUAUCAACGGGCUGCAAAAUGCGCUUUGGCUUAAAGUUGAGCUGCCUUUGGCCAAGCUUUUUAUUAUGGCUAACAUGGAGCAGUGGCGGCGGUGGAGGUAGUUGGUGGGGAGUCAGCGCACAGCCAUCAUUAACCGAGAAAAUCCCAUUAGGUGCCAUUUUCGAGCAGGGAACCGACGAGGUGCAAUCGGCCUUCAAGUACGCGAUGCUCAAUCACAACCUGAACGUCUCAUCCCGACGAUUCGAGCUGCAGGCCUACGUGGAUGUGAUCAAUACGGCGGAUGCCUUUAAAUUGUCACGACUGAUUUGCAAUCAGUUCUCAAGGGGCGUAUACUCGAUGCUGGGAGCCGUUUCGCCCGACUCCUUCGACACGCUGCACUCCUACUCGAAUACCUUCCAGAUGCCAUUCGUGACGCCCUGGUUUCCCGAGAAGGUGCUUACGCCAUCGUCUGGCUUCCUCGACUUUGCCCUCAGCAUGCGCCCGGAUUAUCAUCAGGCCAUCAUUGAUACAAUACAAUUUUAUGGCUGGCGCAAAAUAAUUUAUCUCUACGAUUCCCACGAUGGUCUGCUGCGCCUCCAGCAAAUAUACCAGGGCCUGCGGCCCGGCAACGAGUCCUUCCAAGUGGAGCUGGUCAAGCGCAUCUCUAAUGUCAGCAUGGCCAUCGAGUUCCUGCACACGCUGGAGCAGAUCGGCCGAUUCGAGAACAAGCACAUCGUCCUGGACUGCCCCACGGAAAUGGCCAAGCAAAUACUCAUCCAGCAUGUGCGUGAUUUGCGACUGGGCCGUCGCACCUACCACUAUUUGCUGAGUGGUUUGGUCAUGGACGAUCGCUGGGAGAGCGAGAUAAUCGAAUUUGGCGCCAUUAACAUCACGGGCUUCCGCAUCGUGGACACGAAUCGGCGGCUGGUCCGUGAGUUCUACGACAGCUGGAAGCGCUUGGACCCCCAGAUGAGUGUGGGCGCUGGCCGUGAAUCGAUUUCGGCCCAGGCGGCGCUAAUGUACGAUGCCGUUUUCGUCCUGGUGGAAGCGUUCAACAAAAUCCUGCGCAAGAAGCCCGACCAGUUCCGGAACAAUGUGCAGCGUCGCAGUCAGACGCUGAUGGUGGCCCAGGCGGCGGCCUCCACGUCCAGCGAUGGCUACAACUACAGCGCCAGCGGUGGAGGUGGUGGCAAUGGUGGUGCGGGCGGUGGAUUCGCUGGUAGCGAUUCCGGAGGAUCCGGUGGCAUGGCCUCGCGAGCACUGGACUGCAAUACGGCCAAGGGCUGGGUGAAUGCCUGGGAGCACGGCGAUAAAAUAUCGCGUUAUUUGAGAAAGGUGGAAAUCGAGGGCCUAACCGGGGACAUCAAAUUCAACGAUGACGGCAGACGCGUCAAUUACACGCUGCACGUCGUCGAGAUGACAGUAAACAGCGCCAUGGUCAAGGUGGCCGAGUGGAAUGACGAUGCCGGACUGCAGCCCCUAAAUGCCAAGUACGUACGAUUGCGUCCGCACGUGGAGUUCGAGAAGAACCGGACCUACAUCGUGACCACUGUCCUGGAGGAGCCCUACAUCAUGUUGAAGCAGGUGGCCUUCGGUGAGAAGCUGCACGGCAACAAUCGGUUCGAGGGAUACUGCAAGGACCUGGCCGAUCUGCUGGCCAAGGAGCUGGGCAUUAACUACGAGCUGCGCCUGGUCAAGGAUGGCAAUUACGGCUCGGAGAAAUCCAGUGCCCAUGGCGGCUGGGACGGAAUGGUGGGUGAGCUGGUGCGCAAGGAAGCGGAUAUUGCGAUUGCCGCCAUGACGAUUACCGCCGAACGCGAACGUGUCAUCGACUUUAGCAAGCCGUUCAUGUCGCUGGGCAUCUCCAUCAUGAUUAAGAAGCCAGUGAAGCAGACGCCCGGCGUGUUCAGCUUCAUGAAUCCUUUAUCACAGGAAAUUUGGGUAAGCGUCAUCUUCAGUUACAUCGGCGUGAGCAUCGUGCUAUUCUUUGUGUCGCGCUUCUCGCCACAUGAAUGGCGCCUCGUGCAACAGCAGCCGCAGCAAUCACAGUCGCCAGAUCCGCAUGCACAUCACGAACAGCUUGCCAAUCAGCAGCCGCCCGGCAUCAUCGGAGGUGCACCACUGCCCGCUCCUCCGGGACCACCCACUCCGGGCGCCCAGACGGCAGCAGGAGCAGCUGCCCUGCAGGCGGCCCUCUCCGCCGGAAGUCCCGGUUCCGGAAGCUCCUCCUCGGCGGCGGUGAACGAGUUCAGCGUGUGGAACUCCUUCUGGUUCUCGCUGGCCGCCUUCAUGCAGCAGGGAUGCGAUCUGUCGCCGAGGUCCGUGUCCGGACGAAUUGCAGCCGCCUCGUGGUUCUUCUUCACCCUGAUACUCAUCUCCUCGUACACGGCCAACCUGGCCGCCUUCCUCACCGUGGAGCGAAUGGUCACGCCGAUCAAUUCACCGGAGGACCUGGCCAUGCAGACGGAGGUGCAGUACGGCACUCUGCUGCACGGCUCCACGUGGGAUUUCUUCCGGCGCUCCCAAAUCGGACUCCACAACAAGAUGUGGGAGUACAUGAACUCGCGCAAGCACGUCUUCGUGCCAACCUACGAUGAGGGGAUCAAACGUGUGCGCAACUCCAAGGGCAAGUACGCCCUCCUGGUGGAGUCACCCAAAAACGAGUAUGUGAACGCCCGCGAGCCCUGCGACACAAUGAAAGUGGGCCGCAAUCUGGAUACAAAGGGAUUUGGCAUCGCCACGCCGCUCGGUUCGGCGCUCAAGGACCCCAUCAAUCUGGCCGUGCUGACGCUAAAGGAGAACGGCGAACUGAUCAAGUUGCGGAACAAAUGGUGGUACGAAAAGGCGGAAUGCAGCACCCACAAGGACGGUGAGACCUCGCACAGCGAACUAUCGCUGAGCAAUGUGGCCGGGAUAUUCUACAUCCUGAUUGGCGGCCUGCUCGUCAGCGUGUUCGUGGCCAUCCUGGAGUACUGCUUCCGCAGCAGGGAUUCGCGUUCCGCGUCCAGUGGUUCCGGCAUGGGCUUGGGCAUGGGACUGGGCAGCGGCAUGAGUGGCGGCAGUCUGGGUAAGGCCAAUGGAUCCAUGAUGCUGGGUCCGUCGAGCGCCGUGCCCGGCGGGAUGCCGUCCUCACAUCAAAGGAGCACGCUGACGGACACCAUGCACGCCAAGGCGAAAUUGACCAUUCAAGCGAGUCGCGACUAUGACAACGGACGCGUCGGGUAUCUCAAUUGCGCCUCGUUGCAGUACUAUCCGCCCGCCCAGCUCUCGGCCACGCCCCCCGACGCCGGGGACUCCCUGCACAUGAACGCCCACGGGCAGGUCUGACAUGAGCAUG